GGAUGUAAGUAAUGAAAUUCAAGAGACCUUGGGUAGAAGCUAUAAUGUGCCAGACGACAUUGAUGAGGACGAACUCAUGGGUGAACUUGAUGCUCUAGAAGAGGACAUGGGAAGAGAAGCUGAUGGAGUGCCUUCUUAUCUCCAACCUGACAAGGAGGAACCUGAUUUGGAUGCAGAGCUCAACCUUCCUUCAGCACCUACAGGACAUGCUGCACCAGCUGGCAGAUCCAAUGCUCGGGCUGAGGAUGAAUUUGGUCUACCUACUGUUCCUCAAGCAUCUCUCCGCAGUUAGGAAAAUAAGCUGUGAUCAUCUUGUGCAUUACUGCAUAUAUUGAAGUGAGGAAGCUGCAUGGAGCAAGCCCUUGUAAACAAUAUAUCGUGCAGAAUUUACUCCAAUUGCUAAUGUGAUUUAAUUUGGUUUUAGGGGUUGGGUUUGUAAUAAGCAGUCGGUGAAGGCAUUUUGUUAAGAGGACAAAAACUGUGUCAAUGGAAACAUUGGUGCCAGGUUUGAAGAGUCAGGACAAGACAGAACCUCACAGGUGGGUGGUACAGGAAAUGAGAAGACACCUGAUUCUGUUAUUUACUUAGCAAAUUCUUAUUGGUGGUCUUGCUGUUAAUAAUAAUCUUCUAUUAUCUACGUAUUUCUUUUUGGUUUUUACUAAACUUCCGUACAGGAGAAUGUUCUUGUGGUUUAGUAGUUAUUUCUCUCUUGUAAAGAAUUUCUUAUGCAAAGUUUAGCAAGUGAGCAUGUGUGGAGUUUGAGUUCUACCUCCAAUGUUCAAAAAAAUAAAAUAAAAUAAACUCU